AUGGGCAUUUGCAAGUGGUCGCACUCAAAGACAUCAACCGCGCCUCCCCUGAACAUGAACUUACCGCAUGAUUUCGUCGUGGCACCUUUCAACAAUCUUAAGGAGACGAAGGCUAUCGUGGAACGAUUGCCGAAAGACAGUCUUGCAGCCAUUAUGAUUGAGCCUGUCCAAGGAUCGUCGGGAUGUCGUCCUGCACUUCCAGAAUUCCUGAUAUACCUGCGGGAAACGACUGAAAGGCUAGGCGCCUUGUUCAUCGUCGAUGAAGUCAUGACUUCUCGUCUUGGACCAUCUGGUUAUAUGGAGACACUAGGCUUGAAGGCAGAUCUAAUGUCGCUCGGCAAAUGGAUUGGUGGCGGGAUGAGCAUUGGGGCUUUUGGUGGGCGAAGAGAUAUCAUGGAGAUGUUUGAUCCUGCGCGGAGCACGAAGGGAUUAAUGCACGCAGGAACAUUCAACAACAACGUGUUCUCUAUGUCAGCGGGUGUCGUGGCUUUAGACAUCUACAACGAGCAGAAAGUGAUGGAGUUUAAUGCCAGGGGUGAUCGCAUGAAAUUUGGGAUCACUAGAGUGCUCUUUGAGACAGGACUCUAUUCUCAAGAGCAUGCCGAAUAUCUGAAGGAUAUUCGCGAGAUAGACAGCUUCGAGGAAGACGUACGGUUGUACACAGGCAAUGAUGAGAAUGUCCAUCUGCCGAAGGUACUCAUUUCCAGUCGUGGUACGAUGUUGAACCUGCGCUUCACCGGCCCUGACGCAGGCUCAUGGCACAAUAUCUAUUACCAUUUUAUGCUACGGAAGGGAAUCUAUCUGGCAAGCCGAGGAUACACUCCGAUGAAUCUGGAAAUAAGCGAUGAGGAUGUUGACAUGUUUGUGAGCUCGGUUAAGGAGUUUUUAACGAUUCAUCUCAAUGAGCUGAAGAGUAAGGGGUGA